GUCAUUGCAGCGUUCUUCCCCUCGGCGCUCCGUCAGCCUCCUCUCUGACUGAGCUGUGGGACUUUUCUGUGAAAAAGCUUUACCUCCUUCCUCCUGUCCGCCCAGCGACUCGUAACGGAGUCCAUGGCUCUGAAACCUGUUCUCCUCUUGUUCCUGUGGGUCCUUGGUCUCUCUGCUGAUGGUGCAGCUGCAUCUUUGUGCAUCAAUGUCACCUGCUCCACCGACUACGUUCAAACCCUCAACUGCUCCUGCUCAGACUCUGCACCAUCACAUCCUGUCGCUCUGAGCGUCGUCUGCAGAGACGAUGACGAUGAUCUUGACGUCAAGGGCAGCUGUGUCAUCACACCUCCUCGGUCCUGGUGCUCCAUCCACGAGGAGGAUCUCACCGAAGUCGCAUCGGUCGGCACAAUGUGCACGACGACGGUGGAGGCCGGCGGGCCGGCGACGGCUAACGCCACCAAGUCCUUCACCUGGGAGCUGUGCAACGUGGUGAAACCUCAGCCCCCUCUCAACGUGACGGUGGCCGACGCCGGCGGCUCCUACAACGUCUCCUGGCUCAGCGGCGACAGCGUCUGCCUCACGCACCGGGUUCGGAUCAGAGCCACCGCAGACCUGCACAAGGAGCCGCUUCACCUGCUCGAGUUGGACGGAGGACACGUUCGGCUGGACCGGGAACGUCUGGAGCCGCGGGUCGGCUACACGGUGGACGUCCGGGCCAAACUGUGUCCCGGGUAUCACAUCCAGGGCCCGUGGAGCGAAUGGAGCUCGGCCGCAGCGUUUCUGACAGACGACGACAGAGGAAUGGAGACGUCGUGGCUAUACGUCUCGGUGCCCGUCGUUUUCGUCCUCGUCUUCCUGGUAAUGGGAUACCUACAUAAACCGUGCUGGCUGAACAAGUUUAGGAUGAUGACGUACGUCCCGGACCCGAGCGAGUUCUUCCGGCCCCUGGAGGACCGCUACGGCGGGAACUUCAAGGAUUGGGUGAAGCCUGCGUUCAACGAGUGCGACUACGUGAAGAUGAGCACAAGCGCUCAGAUGAUGAGCAGGAAGAAGUACGACAUCCUGAGGUGGAGCAAUGAAAACUACGCCGGCGCCGACGGGGAGGUGAAAGAAGGGGGUCAGUUCCUCGGCGGGCUGCAACCCCCCGGCGGGCUGCUGCUGGACCCCCGGGAGGCGGGCAGCUCCGAGGGCGCCGGCCAAUCCACGGGACACAUCUCCAUCCACACCGUCACCAUUUCCGGGGAGAGCUUCGGGGAGGGAGACACGUCGCAGAGCUCCCUCCGGAGCUACAGGGACGGAGAGAGCUUCGGCUCAGACCGGGUCGGCUACGACCUACAGGAGCCGCCGGCGUCCCGGAUGGACGAACAGAGCAGGAUGUUGCCUCAGCGCCAAAACCAACUGGCCGAUGACUUGCUGAUAGAGGAGAACAUGAACUUUCAUCCGGAGGCCCAGUUCAUGGAGGCGGAGCGGGUCUCGCUGGACUCGUUUGUGUCCAACGAGCAGUCCGAGGACGGCUACCCCCACGUGGACCUGGACACCGUGGACAGCGGCUUCGGCGAGUGCGGCAGCCCCGGGGUCUCGGACUCGAACCGAGCCGAGCUCAUAGACUCCUUCCUGGAGAACAAAAACACAAACUCCAACUACGUCAAGCAGUGGAUGAUAUGCAGCACGAUCCACGAGGACGCGAGCGGCGGGAAGGACGAAGUCGAGGACGCGCAGAAACUCUAGCGUCGGACAAAAAAACUUCUCAGUUUGUACAGUUGUGGUUUAAGGAUGUUGUAAAGUUAUGUUUAUAGUCCCAUUCCUUUGUUUUAAAAGGUUUUCAGCGUCAGUUUUGCUUUUAACUCCACGAUGCAUCAUAUCUGCUGCACGACUCUCUGAGACCUGUCCUGCACCUACAGACACCUGUGGACAGUUAAAACCAUACAAAUGAGCAUUGUUGUGGUCAGUAAAUUGCGUACUGUAAAU